AUGAAACUUUUCAAUAAGAAAAAUUUCACUGAAGUUUGUUCCUUCAAUUGUGGGUUAGCAAGCAGCUUUGGAUUUUUCUUCUUCUCAUUGGAUAAGCAGAAGACCGGAUGUUGCCAAAGAUGCAGCAACAGAUGUCAAAAGAAAUGUUUGUGUCUUAAUUUCCUGCUUGUGGUCAUUGGGAUGGUGAUCUCUUAUAAAAGAGUUGACGUAGAUUUUUUGAAUAGCAUCGAAUCGGUUGUACUACGAAUAGGACUCAAAAUGUAUACUCAGCAAUUUAUCUGCAUACCUUUGAUGAUGGCAUUUCAUAAUUUCCUUAAUCGACGACGUCACGUCACCAUUAUUGAGAACAUUCAAUCAAUCGAUGAUAAUUUACAUGAACUUGGAAUCGAUUUUAAUUAUCGAAAACAAUUCUUCUUCGCUUUAGCCGUGACUGGAUUUUUCAAUAGUUCGCUUUGUAUUUUUUAUUGCUGGUUUUAUAAAGUAUAUUCAAUGAUAGAAAUUGAAAAAGGUGGAAAAUUUUUCUUCUUCAACGUCAUUUUAAAUGUAACUGCAGAUGCUCCUAUUUUAAAUUAUCUCAUUGCUUACUUGCUUCUAAUCGCGGCAAUUUACAAACGAUUUCAAUAUGUUGAUCAACUAUUAACUCAAAGCAAUGUUAGCUUAAGAGCUUUUAGGAAGCUGCGUCGAAUUCAUGAUAAACUUUUGGACACUUUGAACUUGAUCAACUCAUGUUUCGUUAUUUGUGUUCUUUGUUUGCUAGAUGCAGCUUUUAUUACACUUGUUUUCAAUCUUUACUCUUUAUAUCACUUUCUGGAAGCAAAUGUGCAAGAUACCAAAAACAUUAUUGCCAAUUUUAUGAUGUUAUUUAUUUUGUUGUUUCCAUUUCUGCUUUCUGUUUGGAUCAUCACUUACUCCAAAUGGAUCGCCGAAGAUAACUUGAAAAUAAGAACUUUCAUCAACUCAAUGCUGAAUAGAAACCAAAAGUUUUUGGAGUCUUUAAAUCUCUUCGAAAUGCAAUUGCAACAUAGAAAGCCGAGAAUUUCUGUUGGACUUUUUGAUAUCGACUUGAAAUUCUUAUUCACAUUUAUAAGUGCUUUGUGUUCUUACCUCAUCAUUCUGAUUCAAAACGAAAUUUGUGCUUUAAAUUGUGGUUUGGCGCGAUUUUUCGGAUAUUUCUUCUUCUCAAUUGGAUCUGGAAAAGCGAAGAACAAUGAAAAAUGGCCGUACCUUCAUUUCCUGGUAUUUUUGGCUUUGGGAUUGAUCGGAUUCAUCAGAGGCAAAUCAACUCCUGUGAAUUCAGAUUCGAUCAUAAUUUACUUGGGAAACACUAACAUGUUGGUAACUGGAGCAAUCUAUGCGAGAUAUCAAAACUUUAACGAAAUUUUAUUGCAUAACAAAUUUGAUUUGACUCUGUUGAAGGAACUUCGGAAAACUCACUACAAACUUGCUGAUACUUUGAGUCUGAUAAGUUCUUGCUUUGCUCUUAACAAAAUUCUAAGCGACAAAAACCUUUUGAAGAAUUGUGAAUAUUUUGAGAUGCAAAUGGAACACAGCAAAGCAGAAAUUUCCAGCGGACUUUUCACUGUUGACAUGAAUUUCUUAUUCAGUUUCAUCAGCACCGUUUUCUCGUAUCUCAUCAUAUUGAUUCAAUUUGAAAGUAUUGUAUAA